AUGCACAGCACGCCUGAAUCCGCACUCCUCUCAUACAGGACACAAGACAUGCCCGGGGCGAUUUCCGACGCCGUGUACUCGCCCAGCGGAGAGAUGCUCGCAUGCUCGCUGGACACGGGGGAUCUGGUUUUCCACCAGGCUGUAACCAACAAGAGAUUCUGCCCCAUAAAAACAGAAAACGAAAAAGGCUUCUUGGUGGACUUUCUAAGCCCAACCCUGCUUGUGCACACAACCGGAAAAAAUCUGCAGGUGCUGGACCUGAAGAAAGAGGAGUACAGCUGCCUCUUUUCAGCACACAAGUCCCGGAUCUGCAGCAUAUCCACGUCUUCCAUGUUUAGAAACACGAUAUCGGUGGGAGAAAACGAGAUGUAUCUCUGGGAUGUCCGCGAGAGGUCUGCGCACGCAAGGCUCCCCGUGCAGGGAAGGCCCAUUGUGCGAUACUCUCCGGACGGGAGAGUGUUUGUUGUGCUUUUUGAGGGGAUGAAGGAGAUGCGCCUGUUUGACGUGCGGUCGUACUUUGCAGGGCCGUACAGGACAAAAAAGCUGGAGGCGGAGAAGUACACAGACAUGCAAUUCUCCCCCGACGGGUUUGGCAUGGCGCUGUUCCAGGAGAGCGGGAUAGGCAUAGCAGACGGGUUCAGCGGAGACAUAACCAUGCAGCUGGCCAGCGACUUCUCCCAGGCCGGGUGCUUUACGCAAGAUAGCCGGUCCUUUGUCUUCACGACCGGGCCGCACGAGGUUUCGAUGGCAACGCUCCCUGAGCCCAAAGGCGUGCCAAUUUUUUCGGUGGACAGCGCGCUUCCCAUCACAGGGCUGCGGUACAACCUUUGCUUUGAGCAGGUUGCGGUUCUGCACGGACAGCUGACAUUUCUGCAAAACUCGAACUAG